GUGGCCGCUCGGUACAUGGACAUCAAGGGGAAAAAGGGGCCUGUGGGGAUGCCCAAAGAGGCAACCUGUGACCGCUUCAUGUGCAUCCAGCAAGGCUCAGAGUGUGACAUCUGGGACGGGCAGCCCGUCUGCAAGUGCAAGGACAGGUGUGAGAAGGAGCCAAGCUUCACCUGCGCCUCUGACGGGCUCACCUACUACAACAAGUGCUACAUGGACGCAGAGGCCUGCAUCAAAGGCAUUACACUGAACGUGGUCACCUGUAGGUACCAUCUCACCUGGCCAAACACCAGCCCCAUCCCCCCAGAAACAACAGCUCGUCCCACCACCGCCUACUCCGAGACAACAGUCGUUGAUAUCCUGCCCCCUGCGCUGGUGAACAACCCUGUCCAUCAGUCUGUCUACGUGGGAGAGACCGUCAGCUUCCUCUGUGAUGUCACAGGGAGACCCAAGCCAGAAAUCACAUGGGAGAAGCAGGUGGAUGGGAAGGACAAAGUCAUCAUGAAGCCAAACCACGUCAGAGGGAACGUCGUGGUCACCAACAUUGCCCAGCUGGUCAUCUACAACACACAGCUGCAGGAUGCAGGAAUUUACACCUGCACUGCCCAGAACAGUGGUGGUCUCCUGCAGGUGGAUUUCCCUUUGUCAGUCAUCAGAGGAGAGCCCACAUCCAAGGAAGCUUCCCAGAAUAAAACACAUUUUCCAACCGACGAGUGCCUGAAGCAGCCAGACAGUGAAGACUGUGGGGAAGAGCAGACCCGGUGGUACUAUGAUGCCAAGAAAAACAACUGCUUUACUUUCAUCUACGGGAACUGCAACAGCAACCUCAACCACUUUGAGACCUACGAGAGUUGCAUGCUAACGUGCAUGAACGGCCCCAUCAACAUCUGCAACCUGCCAGCCCUUCAAGGCCACUGCAAAGCCUACGAGCCCAGGUGGGCAUACAACAGCCUGACAAAGCAGUGCCAGUCCUUCAUCUACGGAGGGUGUGGGGGCAAUGAGAACAACUUUGAGAGCCGGGAGGCCUGCGAGGAGAUGUGUCCCUUCCCCAAGAACACACACUGCAAGGCCUGCAAACCCCGCCAGAAGCUGGUGACCAGCUUCUGCAAAAGUGACUUCGUCAUCCUGGGCCGCAUCACGGAGCUGACCGAAGAUCAAGACUCAGGACACGCCCUGGUGACGGUGGAGGAGAUUCUCAAGGAUGAAAAAAUGGGAUUAAAAUUCCUGGGGAAGGAACCACUAGAAAUCACGCUUUUGAACAUGGACUGGAGCUGCCCAUGUCCCAACAUGACCACAGUGGAUGGCCAGCUCAUCAUCAUGGGGGAUGUCCACAAUGGCAUGGCCGUCCUACAGCCAGACAGCUUUGUGGGCACCUCCAGCGUCCGGCGCGUGCGCAAGCUCCGAGAAGUCAUCCACAAGAAAACUUGUGAGCUCUUGAAAGAGUUCCUGGGAUUGCAUUAA